UGUGUUUGGUCUUCAGCCACGACAGCAGCCUGUUCUGCUUUAACCACGCCAAUUGUCUAACAGGCAGGGGAUCAUCCAGCACUCUGGGUUGCAGGGCCAGCAUCCAUCCAUCCAUCACGUCAUCAGAUUGCAGUGUUCUGCGUCAGCUUCAGCCAUGGCAUCUAGCAACCCAACAAGUCAGCCAGAAAAUCCUGAACCUAAGCUCCUUCCAGACCUCCUGGACAAACCCUGGAGAAACGUACAGUGGACUGAUGAAAGAAAGCAGCACCUGAAGUCGGAAAUCCUGAACUAUAAACCUGACAUCAAAACAGUGAAUAGGGCACGAGUUUUGUUGGUGGGCCCUGUUGGGGCUGGCAAGUCUAGCUUCUUUAACUCUAUCAACUCAGCAUUUCGAGGCAACAUGACAUGCCAAGCCACAGCUGCCACAACAGGGAAGAGUGUGACCACUCAGUUCCGCACCUAUUCAUUCAAGGAUGGAAAAGGUGGCCGAAUGAUUCCUCUAAUUAUGUGCGACACCAUGGGGCUGGAGGAAAGUACGGAUGCUGGUUUGGAUAUCGAUGAUAUAGUAAGCAUCUGCAAAGGUCACAUGAAGGAUCGAUAUAAGUUUAACCCCUGUGCACCACUCAUGGAAGGUGCUCCUGGCUUCAAGAAGAACAGGAACCUGAAUGAUGUGAUUCACUGUGUGGUGUAUGUGGUCGACACCUGCAAGGCCUCUCUUCUGAGCCAAACAAUGCUGGACAAGUUGAGGGCUAUCCAAAAAAAAGUUCAGCAGCUAGACAUUCCACAGAUUGUUCUGAUGACCAAAAUAGAUUUGGCCUGUCCUCAGCUGGGUGAAGAUGUGAAGAAUGUGUAUUGAAGUGUUUACAUCCAUAAGAAGGCCGAGGAGCUGAGUGGUUCUCUUGGCAUCCCUUUAUCUUGUGUGCUGCCAGUGAAGAACUACAGCAAAGACUUGGAGCUGGACCUGUGCACGGACAUACUGCUGUUCAGCGCCCUGCAGCUGAUGCUCAACUACGCUGACAGCUACUUUGACAACCAGGUUGUUGAGGAUGAUGUGGUGGAUGCAGAGUGACCUCUACAGAUCUGGUCAUCAUUAGACAUCAAAUAUAUUUAUCUUGCCAAAAGGAAGUUUUGCAAGAUAUGUUAGUCAGUUCUUUUAAAAAAAAGAAAGAAAAAUCAUUGCAUUUAUCACCUUUAAUUCGCUGUGCAGCACACAGUUUACAUUGCAGACAGAUGUGAUUCAUAGACAUCAAAUAUAUUUCAAAUGUAAUUCAUGACCGUGUACAAAAUAUAUCAAUCACUUUUAACCGCCUCCCAAAGUAUGGUGAUGGCAGAGAUAAAUCUUUUUCAAAAAUUUGCACCAAAUGAAACAACUGCAGUAUAAAAUGAUUAACUGUUUCAAAUUGCUCCACCAGUCACCUUAAACUUUAACAUAAAAAAGUGCAGCUAUGUGGGAGAUUUUAACUUCAAACCCCUCUUCAAAUACUCCAUACACAGUGAUAACAAUAACAACUUUUUGAAAGUUUCAUCCAAAUUAAACAAAUGCUUAAGAAAAUGAUUCACUGUUUAGAAAUGUUUGAAAC